AUGGUUCGAUUUGGCCGAGAAUUACCAAUCAAAUUUAAUCAUAUGGUACAAGUUCCUUAUUACGGAAGCAGAAUUUGGCGUGAAAUUAGUUUCUUUUUGAUGAAAAACUGCUUGAUGCUCGAGCUGCGUAUGCUCGGGUAUCGCUUUGCAAUGCCAGACGUCUGUCGACAAGCCAAAUUAAUUUGGCACGACAUCCCCCAGGAUGUCAAAGACCUGUACGAUAACUUAGCCCUUCAAGCGCAACAUCUCCAUAGUGAGAUGUUUCCGAACUAUAAAUUUUCUCCUAAGAAACGUACCACCUUCAAACCUUACGUUCCGGUCCAGGAAGACCAAGGACUUUGUAUGUCCACUUUUACAGUGAAUCAAUUUUUUAAAGAAAUUCAUACCUCUGUCCCUUCCUCUCCCACUCCAUUAUCACCAUUAUCACCGAAUUCCUCGAUUUCAGAUUCACCUAAUCGUGAACAACCGCAAAACGAUCCUUUUUUGGUAGAUCCCUGUUUGCCCGAGGAUAAUUUAUUCUUUCCGGGGGUUAAUAUAUCACCUGAGCUUGAUAGAUAUUUUCGAGAAUUUGAAGAAUGCUCAAUUGCAUCGUCAAGAAAUGCUAAUUCCGCACAAAUUUUUCAUUUAAAUCCUAGGCAACCGAAAACCAUUUGGUGUCAUAUAUGGCUUGUGUAUGGUGUUAUGGUAAAGUUCAUCAGAAUUGAAAGAUCUGAUGAACAUGGCAUGCAUGAUCAACAGAUAUUGGAAAUGUCAGGAUUGGUAGCAUUGGAAUAUAACGUAAAGUCAAGAGAAUCAAUAGUAUUUUGGAGGAGUCUAAGAUAUGCAAACAAAUUGGUCAUAAUAGCAAAACAUCCAAAGGAAAGGAGAUCAAGAGGUUACAGUAUAGGAUCCGGAAUAUUAAAUCUGGAGGGGAGAGCAUUUUUUAUGAAUUUUACGGCAGGACCAACAUUAGAGUCAGUAAUUCAUUGGAAAAAUCGUGCAUCGAAUGAAAGUUCGGGAUUAACUGAUUCAUGUAUUACAUGGUGGCCGUGUGAUCUACAAGAAUUGUAA